AUGGAAUCCUCACGCCCACCACUCCCUCCAGGCUGUCGUCUAGUUCAAAGGCUGGCGUGUUACAUCCUGCGACUGGUGCGCGAGCAGCUCUCUCCUGGACAUCCACCUACCGAAUGGCCCGCGGACAUCCCCCUGCGCCUCCAAAUUGAGUGCCAUCGAAUCGUCGCCGUUGUCGUGAGAGCGUUUAGGGACGCGGAGCAAUUGGAGUGGUCUGUGUCUGACUUCAAGGCGCUCCAAGGGACGCUCACGGAAACACAGUUGCUCGCGCGUUUUCCUCCCGCCUUCCCGCGAAAGCGUGACGGAACCGCCAUUCUCAAAGACGAGCCGUUUAUCAUCGUUGACAAAGCUGGACGGAUCCUUAUGUGGUACUUGCCCAACAUAAUCUCUGCAACUCGCCGGGAGAUAAUACUCGACGCCAUCAAAUGGCUCUCCUAUGGGCCAUCAGUUUCUCCUCUAUCUGCAUCCUCUCCUCAAGACAGACGCAAGCACAACGGUACCUUCACAGAAUCCACAUCUGAUGUCAGAAGCGGGGUCGCCACCUUUGCUUCCUGUUGGCCUACUCUUCCCGGUGACCCCGAGCACUCUAAGUCGGUAUACGCGCCUUCUUCAACGUUUUUGGAUCCCAACCAGGGCGGUCUGGACUUUCUGGAGAGGAUUUCCGAAAGCUUGGCCGUUCUCGGUGCCAUCCUAGCAGCGAUCAACCCCGCCCAGUUCGAAGCCGGUCUCGACGUACUUGCGUCGCUCGAUGCCGGAAUAAUCAAAAGCGGAAACCGUGAACUCCUUCAGCGAGUGCUGAAGGACUGGUCGACCCCCUUCACCGCCUUCUCUGUUGUCAACAACCGAGACACCGAACCUCAUCGAGACCUGAAGUCCCCCUCUUGGGCAUACGAUCUCCUCUAUACGGAUGGGUUUUAUAUCGAUGGAAGGCUCGAGGUCACAUCGCUCGGCGUACGAUGUCGAUACAACCCCGGUACGGUAGUCGCGUUGAUUGCGUCCGUGUUCGUCCACGGAAUCGCUCCUGUACAGGGCUCGCGCGUCGGUAUUUCCCAGUUCUUCCGUCAAGUCAUGGUGGAGCAAACUCCAUUCUCUCGCCUUCCAAGACCACUGACCUUUCAUGAUUACGCUCAUUUCUUUAAGGGUACCCACUUCUUCGCCUAG